UAAGCAAAGCAGUCUCAGCUGCAUGUAAAACACUUUCUAAGCAAGCAAAUGGGCCUCCUCCUCCGAAGAGCAGGAGAAGAGGCCCCCGUGGGUGACAUGCAGAGAGGGGCAGGUAGCAGUGGCAAAGCCAGCCGUCGGCGGAAACGUGUGAGCCUCCUCCAAGCCCCUGCCCACCCCAUGCUACCGGCCUGCCCCGAGGAGGGAGAGGCAGCGAGCUGCUUUUUCUCUCCACCAUGCCUGCGGGGCUUGUCCUGGCCGCCUUCCUGGUGGGGCACAUGGCUGCUGCCAACAGCUCUUGCCAGGCCCUCUUUAACCUGCCAGGGGACUUCAUCAUCGGCGGCCUCUACCCAGUCCAUAGCAAUAGCACUGAGCGGAACAGGACCCGCCCACUUCAGCUGCCUUCCUGCGAGAGUCUAAACCCUUGGGGCUAUGUUCAUUUUCAAGCCAUGAGGCUGGCUGUUGAGGAAAUCAACAAUUCUUCCACUUUGCUCCCCAACAUCACCUUGGGAUACCACAUAUGGGACACCUGUCAAGACAGCCUUUACCUGCAAGCCGCCUUCCAGCUCUCCCCACACCAGUGGUGCCACUCGCACCAAGGAGGCUGUUCCCAGAGAGUCAUCGGUGUGGUGGGUCCCGACACGCCCGAAAUGACGCAGCUGACAGCGAGAGUCUUCACCUUCUACGGCCUUCCGCAGAUCUCGUACAGUAUCAAGAAUGAUAUCUUUGCUGACAAGAAGCUCUUUCCGCUGCUUUUCCGUACGAUCCCUAGCAAUGACCACCAGGUUUCGGGGCUCAUCUCCUUGAUCUCGGCCUUCGGCUGGGAGUACGUCUCCGCGGUGGACAGUGGCACCAAAGCCAGCGAGAAAACAGUUCAGUCUUUGAUUGCCAAGGCAGCAGCCAAGGGCAUAUGCAUUUCCUACCAGGGGCUGAUGACAGCCGAUCUCCGCAUCUUGGAAAGCCGGCUGCAGAGGGUGAUUGAGAACAUAGAGAAAGCCAGAACCAACGUCGUCGUCGUCCUUUCCAAUGUGGUCAUUACCAGGAAGUUCUUCCAUGCUGUCAUCAAACUGAAGAUCAAAGGCAAAGUCUGGAUCGCACCCGAGUCCUGGAUCUUAGCCGACACCAUUGCUUCCAUACCAAACAUCGAGCAAACAGGCACCGUGCUUGGACUCACCGUCAAGCCUGUCAAACUGCCUCAAUUUGUACACUUUGUUGGGAAAACGCUACAGCACUCCCCGUCAAACAAGACGGAUGGCCCUUUGCUCUCUGAGGCCCCGACGGUGGAGGCUUGCUCCCAGUCCUGCGAUGAGAACCAACUGCUCUCCCCAGACGCUUUAGCCAACAUUUUGAACAGUUCCGUUUGGCAGUGGUCUUUCUAUUCGUACGCUUCCGUCUAUAUCCUGGCCGAGGCCCUCCACAACCACCUGGGGUGCAGCCUGGAAGGAUGUCCAGCAAGCAAGGAAUUCAAGCCACGGCAGUUUUAUGAAGCAUUGUACAAGGUGAACUUUCCUCUGCAAGGCAACACCAUCACAUUUGGCCAAGAGGGAGAUCUGUUCCUGGGCUACAGUGUCGUCACCUGGAGCUGGGAAAAUGGCACGGCUGCUUUCAAGAUGAUCGGCAGCUACAGUUCCCAAGCCCUGAAUAUCAACAAGUCUGAAAUCAGUUGGCCAGCACCAGGGGAUCAGGUCCCCAAAUCAUACUGCAUAGCAGUGUGUGAAGUGGGUCAAAUCCGAAGCAAGCAAUUGCUGGAGGAGUGUUUAUGUCGCUGUGACGACUGCCUGGAAGGGACCUAUCAAAACGAAACAGGUGGAGACACUUGCAUCCUGUGCCCCCCGGGGAUGUGGUCCCCUCUGAAGAGCAGCACCUGCUUCCCCCCGCUCAUCACGUAUCUCAACACCACCACCACCACCAUCUUGGCCCUGGUGAUCCUGACCAUCGUCGACUUCUUCCUGCUCUUUGGCUGCUUGCUGGUUUUUGCCCUCCACCGUCAAACGCCAGUGGUCAAAGCGGCCGGGGGCAAGCUGGCUUUCGUCAUGCUGGCCUCGCUGCUGGCUUCCUGCACCACCACCAGCCUGUUCGUCGGGAAGCCCACCGAGGUCACCUGCCUGAUCCGGCAGCCCUUGUUCGCCAUCAGCUUCACCGUCUGCGUCUCCUGCCUCCUGGUCCGCUCCUUCCAGAUUAUCUUCAUCUUCAAAAUGGCCUGCAAGCUGCCCCCCGGAGCCGCCAAGUGCUGGGUCAAGUACAAAGGCACCUACGUCUCGGUAGGCCUCAGCUGCGGCCUGCAGGCCCUCAUCUGCCUCCUCUGGCUCCGCUUCUCCCCACCCACGUUGCAAGAGGAUUUUGUGAGCGAGAGGGAGGUCUACCUGCAAUGCUCAGAGGGCCACUUUAUGGGGCUAGGAGGGGUGCUGGGCUACAUCACCCUGCUGGGCGGCGCUUGCUUCGCCUUCGCCUUCUGGGGCCGCAACCUGCCCAAGAAUUACAGCGAGGCGAGGCUCCUCACCACCAGCAUGCUGGUCUUCCUCAUGGGCUGGGGCAGCUUCAUGCUCAUCUACAUCACCACUGAAGGGAAGGGCAAGGGGAUCCCUGCCUUACAGAUGUUCACAGUGCAGACCAGCGUCUAUGCCAUCCUCUGCACCUUCUUCCUGCCCAAAUGCUACCUGAUCCUCUUCCAACCGCAGUUCAACACGGUGGCCCAUUUCCAGACCUGUAUCCAAGCCUACACGGCCACAGUCAGAAAUGGCGAGCAGUGAGAAGCCUUCCUUGGGGUGGGGAAAAGGCUUCUCCCGCAGGAGAAAGCCCGGAAGGACCACGGGAAAACUUCUGCUCCAACAAGAAACGGGAGCCUGGAGACGGGGGUAGCGGGCUGCACACUUCACCUGUGUUGUAAACAUAGGCUAGGUGCUCAGAAUCAUAGAACGUCUGUGUGCCCGAGAGCCAAAUAGCAGAAACUACAGAGCAAGGCUACAUUUGUAUAUUUCAAGCUUCUGAGAAUUCGGUGUAGAAUUUCAAUGGAUUUUCGGGCAGAGGUCCAAUGAAAACAGGAUUGUCGAUGGUGCUGCUUGGCUACUGCCAAAGAGCACUGGUCCACACGUAAGCAACUGUCUCUGUCGCUUGUCUGUGUAAUCUUUAUUAGGGAUCCUACGUAAGAAAGUGAUAGCUGCUCCUCUUCCCUCCACCACCAUCAGAAGGCAAGAUCAAAGGCCCACGUAAGACACCCUCUUUCCAGAAUUAGGGCAGGGAUAGGGAAGCCUUAGGGGGACCCCCUCUAGAUGCAGCUGGAGUUAUGCUUGCCGUCCUCAUCCUCCCUGACUCUUGGCCACAUGGUCUGCUGGGGCUGAUGGGAACUGGGAGCUCACACAAUAUUGGGCAGGUCCCCAUUCCUGGCACAGUAGGAAGGAGGAGGGUGAAGAGGAGUAAAGUCCAACUGCAGGAGAAUCUGGGAAGGGGGCUGUUCCUUCACACUUCAGCACCAUCUACCCAGGGCAGCAGAAUUAUUUUACAAAACUCUCUGUUGGUGUUCUCAAACUGACCCUUAAGUUCAGUAGGGGUGAUCUAUGAAGGGGUAUCCCCACUGUAAGGUGCCCCUGGGGCAAGACAUUUGACUGUUUUUGUAAAUAAUUUACAGGUUUGCUGCUAGGGUUUUUUAAACAACCAAGUGGUAUAUAAAUUUUGUUAAAUAGGAUAAAUCAAUGCUUUGGAACACUUAGCCAAAAGUAGACUCGAUUCAGCAUCAAUUCAACUCAGGUGUUAUGCAUGCUAUUAAAAUCCUUAAGUUCAAGUUA